AUGAUUGUAAUUCUGCUGGUGUCUAUGUCCAUGGUGCUUACCAGUGUAGGUGGCCAAGAACGGGAGCCUCCAGCAUUCCUGCCAGAGCUGCUUAACACACCUGAGAGAUUCUUGAACAAUGCCACACUCUUCAAUGGAGUCUUUCAAAAUGUGGAAAGUGUUGCAUUAUUUUUUGACUGCCUGGGUUCUCACUUCACCUGGUUACAGUCCAUCUUCACCAACUUCCCUGCCCUUCUCAACUUUGUGAACAAAAUGAAGUGUGUUACUGGGUUUUGUCCCAGGGAUUUCGAAGACUAUGGCUGCUCUUGCCGGUUUGAGAUGGAAGGGCUCCCCGUGGAUGAAGCUGAUGAAUGCUGCUUUCAGCACCGCAAAUGCUACGAGGAAGCGCUGGAGAUGGAGUGCACGUGGGACCCAUCACAGAUUUCUGCAGAUGUCAGCUGCUCUGCUAAAAACCUGACCUGUGAGUCUGUGGAUCCCUGUGAACAGUUCCUCUGCACCUGUGACAAAGAUGCCAUUGAAUGCUUUGUGAAUGCACAGAUCAACUCCUCCUUGAACGGGCUGGAUGUCUCCUCCUGCCCAUCUCCAGUUACAGAAACAACCAGCAAGAGAGAGCUGACAACACGACACAUGGAGGAAUUUGUUCAUCAAGGGGUUGAUGGAACACCAGCUGCGACUGCAUCUGUGGAAGAAGUGGUUUCUUUUGAGCCCAGUGACAGAGUCUUGGCGACUUCCAAAGCCAGAGAAGAUGGAUUUAUGGAAGCUUUGGUCUCAGUGGAAGAGAUAACCACCUCCCCAGCCUCAUUCCCAGGAGACAGUAACUCAAUGCAAGUCAAAAUUUUCCCCACCAACAAAAGUCCUGCAGGCACACCUGCAAGGACAAAAGGAAAAGAGACAAGCCCUGCAAGGGGUGGCCUGAGCACAGCUUCCUCUGGCAUAGCUCUGGACCUGGGACUGUCUGAGAGAAGACCUGCAGGAAAAGUGUGCAAGCGACUGACCUUUCUGCAGGAGAGAGGACGUGGAAGAGUGGAGAGGGAGCUGCCCCAGCUUGGAGAAAUGCUGUUCUGCUUAACUGAGCGGUGCCCAGAGGAAUUUGAGUCUUAUGGCUGCUAUUGUGGCCAAGAGGGAAGAGGCGAACCCGCCGAUGCACUGGACAGAUGCUGCUUCUCUCAUCACUGCUGUAUGGAGCAAGUUAAGAAACUUGGAUGUCAUGCAGAAAGAAAUUUGAGAUCUGAAGUUGUAUGUUUUGAUCAUACACCAAAAUGCAUUGGCUGGAGCACGUGUGAGAAGCUCCUCUGCGCCUGCGACGCGGCCGCGGCCGAGUGCAUGGCUUCUGCCUUCUUCAACCAGAGCCUGAAGCUGCCCCACGGGCAGGGCUGCCGACAGGAGAAGCUCUCCUGCCCAGGAGCUCCUGCUGAAAGGCCUCCCACAGGCACACAAACAGGAACAGGGGCUUCCAGCUCCCAGGAGAGCAGUGAGGAGGAAGGAGCCCUGCGGGGCGGAUUGCGAAGAGCCAAGAGAGGGACCCGGCAUCCCAUGGGGAACUCCAGAGCUGGGGGACAACACCAGGGCAGAUAG